AUGGUCGGCUCUGAGGUUGGAAACUACCUGCGCAUGUUUAGAGGCUCCCUGUAUAAAAGAUAUCCGUCUUUGUGGAGGAGACUUGCUUCAGUGGAGGAGAGGAAGAAAAUAGUAGCGUCUUCACACGCUACCAGUGUCACUCUCCUGAAGGCAUCAGAGUGUGAAGAGAUCUUUGAAGGAAAUGAUGAGAAAUAUAAAGCUGUGUCUAUUAGCACUGAACCUCCAGCCUAUCUCAGAGAACAAAAGGCAAAGCGAAGCAGUCAGUGGGUGCCUACAUUACCUAAUAGUUCCCACCACCUUGAUGCUGUGCCUUGCUCUACCACAAUUAAUCGCAACAGAAUUGGUAAAGACAAGAAGAGGACAUUCCCUUUGUGCUUUGAUGACCAUGACCCAGCAGUGAUCCACGAGAAUGCAGCUCAAACUGAGAUGCUGGUUCCCAUUCGUCUGGACAUGGAGAUCGAUGGUCAGAAGUUGAGAGAUACCUUCACAUGGAACAUGAAUGAAAAACUUAUGACACCAGAGAUGUUUGCAGAGAUUUUAUGUGAUGAUCUUGAUCUAAAUCCACUGGCUUUUGUUCCUGCCAUUGCAUCAGCCAUUCGUCAGCAGAUAGAGUCCUAUCCUACUGACAGUAUACUGGAGGAACAGGCAGAUCAGAGAGUUAUCAUAAAGCUUAACAUUCACGUUGGAAACAUCUCUUUGGUCGACCAGUUUGAGUGGGACAUGUCUGAAAGAGAGAACUCUCCAGAGUCUUUCGCCUUAAAGCUGUGUUCAGAGCUGGGUUUGGGGGGUGAGUUUGUCACCACUAUUGCAUACAGCAUCCGUGGGCAGCUCAGUUGGCACCAGAGGACUUAUGCCUUCAGUGAAAAUCCACUUCCCACGGUGGAAAUUGCUAUUCGUAACACAGGGGAGGCAGACCAGUGGUGCCCUCUGCUAGAAACACUUACGGACGCAGAAAUGGAAAAGAAAAUCAGAGACCAAGACCGUAAUACGAGACGGAUGCGGCGGUUGGCCAACACUGCCCCUUCAUGGUAG